AUGACUACUUUACCUUCGAUAUCUGAAACCGACAUUGUUUAUGCUACAGAUGAUAAACCAUAUGUUUUUGAAAACCCAAAUGACUUACCUGUUGAGACACUUGUGAACCACAUUUUACCAUUUCCACAGGAAGUUGCUGGUGAAUCUAUCAAAAUUCCUGGUACUGCUGUUGAAGGAUUUUCCGAAAUUUACAGGAAUGCCGCUACUCCCAAUGGUAUUAAAGCAAGUCUUAUCAAGGGAUUAGAUACAUAUCAUGACAUCUUUGAAAGAUCCGCUGAUUGCUAUGCCGAUGAACCAUGUCUUGCAUUCCAUGAAUAUGAUUAUGAGAACUCACAGCAUUUGGAAAGAUAUGCUACAAUUUCUUACAAGGAAGUCCGUCAAAGAAAAGACGAUUUUGCAGCUGGUUUGUUCUUCCUUUUAAAAUCUAAUCCAUUCAAGAACAACUCAUUAGAGUCACAUCAGAAAAUAGAUAACCAUGAAGCAAAUUACAAACUGUACAACAGUGAUGACAUGUCUUUUAUUGCGACAUUCUACGCGGGAAACAGGGUUGAGUGGAUCUUGUCUGAUUUGGCAUGCUCAUCAAACUCCAUCACAUCAACUGCAUUGUAUGAUACUUUAGGUCCUGGAACGUCAAAGUAUAUUUUGGAAGCAACCCAAUCCCCAGUGAUCAUCACUUCAAAGGAUCACAUUAAGGGUUUGAUUGAAUUGAAAAGAAAAUAUCCUGAAGCAUUGGAAUCCAUUAUCUUAAUUAUCUCCAUGGAUCCAUUAACAAAGUCCGACGUUGGUUUGGUUCAAUUAGCAGAGAAUUCCAAUAUAAAGUUGUAUGAUUUUUCACAAGUGGAAAGAGCAGGUGCCAUUUUCCCUCAUGAAACAAAUCCACCAAACAGGGAAACUGUAUUCACAAUUACUUUCACUUCAGGUACCACAGGUGCUAAUCCUAAGGGAGUUGUUCUAUCACAAGGAAGUGCUGCUUCGGCCCUGUUUGUGUAUAGUCUCUUGAUGCCACACCGUCGUGGUGCCAGAGAUUUUGCUUUUUUGCCUUUGGCUCACAUAUUUCAGCGACAAAUGGUAGCUUCGACCUUAUUUUUUGGUGGAUCUUCGGCAUUUCCAAGAUUAGGAGGUACACCAUUGACCUUGGUGGAAGACUUGAAAUUGUGGAAGCCAAACUUUAUGGCUAAUGUUCCUCGUAUAUUCACCAAGAUUGAAGCAGGAAUUAAAGCAUCCACCAUUGAUUCAACUUCGGGGCUUACGAGAUCAUUAUAUGGACGAGCAAUUGAAGCCAAACGUGUCAAACAGAUCAAGAAUGAUGAUAGUGGAGAUCAUUUCAUAUAUGAUAAAUUGUUGAUCCAAAAAUUGAGAAAUGCCAUUGGUUACGACAAAUUGGAAUUCUUGCUCACUGGAAGUGCACCUAUUUCUCCUGAAACAAUCAAGUUUUUGAAAUCUAGUUUAGGAAUUGGGUUUGGUCAAGGAUAUGGUAGUAGUGAAUCAUUUGGUGGAAUUUUGUUUGCUUUGCCAUUCAAGAACUCGAGUCUUGGAACCUGUGGUGUCAUUGCUCCAACCAUGGAAGCCAGAUUACGUGAAUUACCAGACAUGGGAUAUAUGUUGGAUGAUGCGAAUGGACCAAGAGGUGAACUUCAAAUUCGUGGUGCCCAAUUAUUUGCAAAGUAUUUCAAGAAUGAUGAAGAGACUGCCAAGUCAAUUGAUGAAGAUGGUUGGUUCAGUACUGGAGAUGUAGCUGAGAUUGGUGCAAAAGAUGGUUAUUUCAGAAUCAUUGAUAGAGUCAAAAACUUUUACAAGUUAGCACAAGGAGAAUAUGUUUCACCAGAGAAAAUUGAGAACUUAUAUUUGUCGUUGAAUUCGACUAUUCUGCAACUUUUUAUUCACGGCGACUCCACUAAAUCAUAUUUAGUUGGGGUGGUUGGUUUGCAACCUGAUGUUGCCAGUAAGUAUGUUGAUCUUUCGUCGGGUGAUAAGGUGGUCCAAGAACUAAACAAACCAGAGUUGAGGAAACAAAUAUUGUUGGAUUUGAAUGGAAAGGUGAAUGGAAAACUACAAGGUUUUGAGAAAUUGCACAACAUUUUCAUUGAUAUUGAACCAUUGACUCUUGAAAGAAAUGUUGUUACACCAACUAUGAAGCUUAAGAGACAUUUUGCUGCUAAAUUUUUCAGGGCUCAAAUUGAUUCAAUGUAUGAAGAGGGAUCCAUUAUUGCUGAUUACAAGUUAUGA